GCACUGGUGGGCAGCACUGGUGGGUGGCACAGGUGGGUGGGUGGGCACAGGUGGGUGGCACUGGUGGGCACAGGUGGGUGGCACUGGUGGGCACAGGUGGGUGGGCACAGGUGGGUGGCACUGCUGGGCACAUGUAGGUGGCACUGCAGAGUGGCACAGGUGGGUGCACUGCUGGGCACAGGUGGGGGCACUGCUGGGCACAGGUGGGGGCACUGCUGGGAACGGGUGGGCGGGGCUAGUGGGCGCACUGCUGGGCGGAACUUGCGGGUGUCACUGCUGGGCACCGAUCAUCAGGGCACU